AUGGAGUUCCAUGGCGAGAGAAACUUCUGGACCUUCAUGGACGAAGAGCGAAAGAGCAUCAACUUGCCUCGGAGACUCUCUUUUGGCAACCACCACCACCACCACCACCACCAACAAAAUUCACCUGAGCCCGGCAUUCACUUUGUUCCUGCAAGACCCUCCGCUGCUUCCGCGACAUCAGUGCCUCAGCGACCUAUGAGCCCCGAUAGGACUGCCGAGACACCGUGGACGCUGUCCCCGGUUCGAACCUCUCCUGCUCAACCACUUCUUUACCAUUGCAUAGCUUCUCUUCACCGCCAUGAAGGUAACAUCUUUUCAAUUGCACUCUCAAAAGACUUCAUAUUCACUGGCUCGGAAAGUAGCCGCAUUCAUGCAUGGAAACAACCGGAUUGCACAGAAACGGGAUACAUAAAGGCUAAUUCCGGUCAUGUUCGCGCCAUUUUCGCCUACGGGAAAAUGCUCUUCACUACGCACGGUGACUUCAAAAUCCGUGUUUGGGACGUGUCGUCUAGAGAGAGCUUUACGCCCAAGAAGAUCACAACUUUGCCUCAGAGGAACCCCUUAUUGUUGUUCUCAAAGAAAAACAUCCAACAACAUAGGGAGCAUAUUUCUUGCAUAGCUUACAACCAUGACGACAAGCUUUUGUACACAGGGUCAUGGGACAAAACUGUCAAGGCUUGGAAGAUCAACGAAAAGCGCUGUGUGGAUUCAUUUGUGGCUCACGAAGGUCAUAUAAACGCAAUCGUCAUAAACCAAGAAGAUGGGUGUGUUUUCACAUGCUCAUCCGACGGGUCAGUGAAGAUUUGGAGACGAGUUUUCGGAGAAAGUUCUCAUAUUCUAACAAUGACCCUCAAGUUCCAACUCUCACCGGUCAAUGCCUUGGCUUUGAGCUUGUCACCAGGGAUUUGUCUUCUCUACUCCGGUUCAUCAGAUGGGAUUAUAAACUUUUGGGAAAAGGAGAAGACCUCAGGGAGAUAUAACCAUGGAGGGUUCAUGCAAGGCCACCACUUUGCUGUUCUCUGUUUGGUAGCCAUUGGAGAGUUGGUAUUUAGCGGCUCCGAGGACGCGACGAUAAGGGUGUGGAGAAGAGAGGAAGGGAAUUGCUUCCAUUCAUGUCUUGCUGUCAUUGAAGGUCACCAUGGGCCAGUGAGAUGUUUGGUGGUUUCUCUUGAAACAGAGAAUGGUGUGAAGGGUUUAUUGGUUUAUAGUGCAAGUUUGGACCAGACUUUUAAGGUGUGGAGGGUUAAAGUUUUUCCCUCAGAGAAGGCAUGUUUGGAAGAGCCUACAAUCGAUCAACAAAGAGAAAUAGUGGAUGAUAGAAGCCCGGUGUUGAGUCCUGUAUUGUCACCGUCUUGGGUAGAGAAAAAGCUUCAAGGCAACCAUUUCUAA